AUGGGGAAACUCGUGAACCUUCUUCUCCUCGUCCUGCUGGGAGUUUACAGUACAGUGGAUGGACAGUUUUACUGGAUGGAAUUCCAGUGCAGGUACAGCUCUGAGGAUCUACAUGACAUGGAGUUCAUAGAGGAACACAUUUAUAACAAGCUUAUGGACGUGCAGUUUAACAGCACUCUGGGGAAGUAUAUAGGAUACACUGAGGAAGGCGUCAGACAAGCAGCGGAAUGGAACAAAGACACUGCAGACCUGGCAUCACGGAAAGCCCAGGCGGAAACUGUGUGUAAACCGAACGCAAAGAUUAAACAAGAUCUCAUCUUUGGUGAAACGGUUGAGCCUCAGGUGAAGGUGAAGUUGGUGAAGAAGUCAGACGGCACCCAUCCUGCUGUGUUGAUGUGCAGCGCUUACAGCUUUUACCCAAAGCUCAUUAAAGUCACCUGGCUGAGAAACGGACAAGUAGUAAAGGGAGGUGUGACGUCCACAGAGGAGAUGGCUGAUGGAGACUGGUACUAUCAGGUCCACUCACAUCUGGAGUACAUGCCUGAAUCUGGAGAGGAGAUCUCCUGUGUGGUGGAACACGCCAGCUUCAAACAGCCCAUGAGCUAUAAGUGGGAUCCCUCCAUGUCUGAACCUGAUAAGAGUAAGAUCGCUAUCGGGGCUUCAGGUCUGGUGUUGGGUCUCGUGCUCUCAGCUGCUGGGUUCAUCUACUACAGGAAGAAAUGCUCAGGACGCAUCCUGGUGCCGACAUAAACACUGGUGAAUCUCACUGUGUUGAAGGGGAACGUGUUUGAUGAGGGGGAACACUGGAGGUUUUGCUGACAUUGUUUUAUCUGUUCCUGCUCUGUAAUGAAAAGUCCUUUCUGAUCUAUUAGGUUUUAAUGUGUGCAUCGGCCUUUACAUUUUGACCAGCUUCAUGUAACAUAAUGAUGUCGAAUAACUGUAUGAGGUUUAUUGAUUAUAUGCUUUAUAAUAAUUCAGU